AUGGAGAAUAUUGUGGACGAAAAGAGACGAAUAGCUGUCAACCUGGGCCGAAAUGAGGAUGGAGCAACGAUUUAUACCCGUGUGCACAGCGAUGCAGUCUCAUCAAGUAAAACGACACACGAUGUACAGACCACAGCCAUUGGAUCUUUGGAAGUUACAGAUGUCGGUUGGCAUACUGAUCAAAUUCAUCCAAAAGACUAUACCGUCAAUGGUGUGAAGAACGAGGAUGCUUGGCUUCUUAUAAGGAGAUUCAACAAACGAGUUUUCCACCUCAAGCACACACCCAACCAUCCAGAGGGCGAGAUGGAUCUUGAAAUUGCAGAACAAGAGCAGUUCUCACCAAACAAGCUUCGAGCUCAACUUGAACGACUCUACAUGGGAGCGAUUCUCGGUUUCAUCAUAUCCAGACAGCACCUCUCACGACUUCAAUCCUGGCGUGAGCCAAGACGAACAGCAGCCUUUUGCGUUACAUACUUUACUGCAUGGUAUCUCAACUUUCUCAUGCCGACGCUUCUGGCAACAGUACUAGCAACUCUCCUCUCACCAAAAGUUCGAAAUACCUUGUUUCCACCCUGUCCGCCAUCUUUGGUUCACUACCAAGGCGGCCAUUUGAUAAAACCACACGCAGGAAUGCUAGGCACCAUCGAUACCGCCACGGGAGCCCCAGAGAAUCUCAAGGGAGAGACACUCGAACGAGAAGCCAGCAACUUUGCCACAGGCCUCGUGGCGCUGUCUGUCAACAUCUUUGUCGAUAAAGAUCCACAGCAUGAUGAAUCACAGAGAGGAGGUGGAGUGACUGAGAAUCUAAAGGAUCCCAGGUCAAUGGCUACCAGGAUAACCACAGCCAAGGACAAAGCUGCCGGAGUUGACUAUCCGUCGUGGGAUAAGACUAGGUCACCUAUGCAAGAACUGAUGUGGAGUCAAAUGAGGCCUCUGAUGCACUGGAUCUGUCGUUUUUGUGAUAUUUGGGAACGUAGUGCCAAUUUAAUCGAUCCUACUGCUCCUUUUCCUAGAAAUGUUGCUCGACGACGAAUCAUCCGGGCCAUUCUUCUCAUUUUGAUACUGUCAAUAUUCGUGUCACCGUACAUGUUCUACAGAACUACUACCCUGGGAUUUGGUAUUACAUUCUUUGGUAGCAUCUCUCUAAGAACCUCGUACAAUGGCUUCAAAUCCAUUAUGAACAAAAUUACUUUCAAAGGAAUACCAACAGACUCUCAACUGACAAUAACCCUUCUUCGACAAGGGGAACGCAAUAAGACACCACUAUUACCACCACCCAUCCUCAAAACCCCACCGCCGGGCGAACCGCACUUAAUAGACGAUGAUGUUAUAAGCGCAGUAGGGAACGACAACCCACUGGGUGCGAGCGAACAAGAGAUUCACGCUGCGACGGAACAAGACGUCGGAACUAUCAAAGACACCGGUGGUGAUGACCACGAAUCCUGCAAGUCUGGAAGUGGCGGCAAGAAACGCAGCAAGCUUCUCAAAGUCGUCAAACCAGUUGCUCAAGCAGCAGCAAAGACACUUAUAGGUGUCGAUAAAGUGCGUGCUAAAACAGGGUCCGAGUCAGCCAAGAAUCGUCUCGGAGCUACAUCACCAAGAGAAGAACCUCCCAUUGCAGGGCCGGUGGAGUUUACAUGUCGAUGGCGUGGUGAGAGAGGGUUCGCAUAUCUCACCACCGAUACUGUAGCACCAGCUUUAUGCUUUUCCAAGAAGUCUUCUGUGGGUGAUUUGGAUAGUUCACAGUAUCAGGAGGUGCAGCCUGAGUGGAUCAUACCGGUUGCGGAUAUUGUGACGUUGAACAAGUAUUCUGGUUAUGGAGCAAAGGCGAAACUUCUUGCUGGAUGGGCUUUGGAGGAUGAUAUUGUCGAUGGAAUUGAGAUUGUUGAUGACAAGGGAAAGGCUGUACUUGUUACAGCUAUGGUUAGAAGGGAUGAUUUGUUUAAUAGGCUUUGUGCUAUCGGGGAUCAGAAGUGGGAGAUAUGCCAUUAUGGGCAGCACUGUAUCGCCUCCUUGCCGCACCGAGUAUCCAUGAUACUCAAUAAUGUCGCUGUUUCAGCCGAUAAUAUCCUGACAGCUGACCGUCUACUUACUUACUUGGUUCUCGGUACCGAGUCCUCUAUCAUCAAUCACCAAUUCCGAUCGUCCGGUAUGGUGUAG